AAAGGAUCGUACAGCGCUACCCUGUGCCCGCUUCAAAGAACGAAUUUUUGUCGUAGAAAAAUACACAACUCGGCCUCACAGCUAGUUUUUGACAAAUAUCAAGCCACUUUACGUAAAACGUAUAUUUAUUUGCGGUACAUGUAUUGUAAGUCUGAUUGCGUUACGUUUAGUUAUUGCCUCCAAAAAACGAUCAGUUCCGACAUUUGAGACCGCGUACAUCAGGCAGAGUUAAAUAUUUCCUCUGUCCUACUUCUAAUAAGUGAGCAGCAACUAUAACAGUGAAAGAGAAAGGGACGUAAAGGCAAAAGAGUCGGAGAAUCUAAAUUGACAUGGCGUCUUAUCAUCUGGUAUAUUUCGAUAUGAGAUCACUGGGCGAAUCGACCAGGGUUAUGUUUGCGUUAGCUGGAGUUCCCUAUACAGAAGAAAGAAUGCCAUACAUAUAUACAGGCAUAUACUGCGAUGAGUGGCUGACCAUGAAAGCUAAUGGUCGGAGUCCAUUUGGAAAGAUACCAUUGUUGGAGCUUGGUGACGGCAGAGCAAUCUGUCAAUCAGGAGCUAUUCUUAGGUUUUUAGCCAAUGAAUUUGGAUUUUGCCCAAGUAGUAACUAUGAUAAAGCAAGUGCUGACAUGAUUUUAGACUCUGUCAAGGACAUGCAAACAAAACUGGAUUCUCAAUUUUAUGGAAACUACAAGAAUCCAGAGCGUAGGGAAGAAAUUAGGACUUCUGUGUUAAAGGAGUUUAUUCCUCAACAAAUUCAAUACCUGGACAACAUUCUCCAAAAGAACAAAGGUGGUAAAGGGUAUUUUGUAGGAGAAAAGAUAACCUAUGCUGACAUUGCUGUUUUUUGUUUUCUCAAUGGCUACCUUGCUGGUGGUGCUCUAGAGGCUCCAAACGAAAUCAAAAACUAUCCACUCCUGGUUGACUUCUACAAUCGAGUGAUGAAUGAACCUAAUAUCUUGGAAUAUCUCAAGAAAAGAAAACCUAACCCUGAUGAUUACCCAUACUAAAGUAUAUUUUGAACGUAUUAAACGACCAGAUUGUAUCAAUUAACCAGCUUUUGGCAGACUCCUCACAGUGCAUUUCCAGUGUUUUCUCAUUAAUCCUCUGUGCACCAGGAAUGUGCUGCAUGGAGUCUAUCCUUCUAUACAUUGAAGUUGAUAUUUCAUAGUUACAGUCACUUACUCUAUGGCUUUCUUGUAAAUCUCAAUAGCUGAUUCCAAGUCCCCCUCCAUCAGGUAGAUUCUUCCCAGCUGAAUGAAGGAAGCGUCAUGACGAUGGUAUUGGAUGGCAUGUUUAAGGCAGUCUUUAGCCUGUGGCAAAGUGAUUUUGAACAAACAAGAGUUAGCUCUCAACAAACCUUAGCACUAGUCUUUUUCACAGUUCCCCUAUGCCAUCUUGAAAUGUAGCCAUCUCUUUGCAUCAAAGCGUACAAUGAUAGACACCUAUCAAUAUUUUAUUGUCUGUGGGUGUGAACAAAGGUCUUCUCAUGUUGAUGUAUUGAUACGGCUGAUUUCUAGAUGGCAGGGGGAACUGGGAAGGAGACUAUAUUAUAUUUUCAAACGAAGGCUGAGAUUAGUUUCCACAUCAUUCUCUGAUACAGUGAAUGGUCAAAUAUUAAUAUUAACAGAAGAAUAUCAAGAGUUAUUUCUCAACAGAUAUACUGUAGUGUCUUUCUGCCCUAUUCAUAAUUAUUAUAAUAGUUCUUAUAGUGAUGUACACAAGUCCGUUGACAUGUAUGAAGCAAUGUAAGGUUACCUCAGAAUUUUAGAGUAAACACUUUGUUAAGCAAUUGAGGAUGUGACUCCUAUAUUUUUACAUAUAUAUUAUAAACAGAUAUAGCUGAGAAUGCUUACCUUCUCAAAGUCUUUGAGAUACAAAUAACAAACACCUAAAGAUAAAAAAUAUUUAGUACAAAUAAAAAUUUAUUAUUUCUUGA